AACUGCACCAGACUUGCAAUCAGAGUCAAUCGUAAACAACAACCAAUAAAGUUUCUCUUAAUUUUGAUACUGUUUUUAUUAUUAUUCUUGAUGAAUUAUGAAAUUUUUAAAUAUUUCAACACUCUUACUAAUUUUCCAGUUGGGUAAGUAAAUUAAUAUACAAUAUUUAUCCAUUUAUAGUUUAUUAAUAAUGAUAAUAACAAUAGUUUGUAAUAAUGGAUUUGCUCAAAAUAUUCUUCCCAUGCAACAAAGAACCUUUCAAACAGGAGAUUAUACAGUUUUCGUUGCUGGCGAAAAUCCCUUUUGGUAUAAUGUUGUUGGGAGAACUUUCAUGAACUUUAGAGUGCAAGGUUGCGCCUCUGUCUACGUUUAUCUCAGCGAUUCAAUGGCUGUAGAUGAUGAUACAAUAGAAAUAGGCCUAGGAGUAAAUGAUAAUACCGGAGUGUCGAUAAGCAAUAGUUUCUCUCCUGGCCAAAUUGCUACCUAUGAGAAUUUACUGCACUGUAAUGACUAUAGGUCGUUCUGGUUGCAAUGGCUACCUAGGAAAGUUUCAAUUGGAAUCGGAAAUUCACUAGGCCGAAAUGUUAUUAUCGAAUUAAACACAAGCAUGAACAUAGCCGAUAACGUGGUAGGCGUCGGAUUCUCUGCGCGAUAUGGCAAUAAAGCCGCGUUCAGAAUACCUGAGAACUCUGGUAACAUGAUAUUAUGCCGAACUCCUUUCGAACAUUCUUAUAGAUAUCUUUGGAAAUCUGUUAAAUCGAGAAAUUUUAUAAAUUUCUGGGUUGAUGCGGCUGCCUAUGCACAUAUCAUCUUGGCCAGAGAUGAGGGUGACUCGCAGAAUAAUAUUUAUGAAGUUGUUCUAGGAACUGACUUUAAUCAAAAGUCCAUUAUUCGUGUGGUUAGUAGAGGUGGACCAGAACAUUUUAGAGAUCAGAAAGACACACCAAAUAUUCUUAAGGAAGGAGAAUCAAGGGAAUUUUGGAUUGGAUGGUUAGAUGGAAAGAUUGAAGUCGGUAAAGGGGGCGUUCAAAAAGUGAAUACAAUCCUAUCUUAUCAAGAUCCGAAUCCUUCCCCCAUACGCUAUUUAGGCAUUUCGACAAGUAUAUUUAGCUCUGGAAGAUGGUACAUGGUUGAUAAUGUGGAAAGUACCAAUUAUGCAUUUACUCCAGCAACGCCCACAAACGACAUUGGCAAACUGUAUAAAACACUAUGGUUAAAUUCACCCCGUCAAUCUUAUCUAGUAUUCUUUGUUAAGGCUUGCGGUUGGGCUACACUUCAUAUUUCAACUAGAUUGGGUUUUGUGGAUCAAGAACGGGGAUUAGAGUUAAUUAUUGGAAACGACGAUGGUAAUACUAUCAUACGUUAUAUUACUAGAACUGAGGAACUUGUAACUGCAAAAACUCCCGAUGCUUUAUCCUGUACAGAAUCUAGGCCAUUCUGGUUAACAUGGGAUGAAAAAACUCUCGACGCUGGCUAUGGACUUGUACCAAAAGCAAACUCAUUCUUUGGAAAUAAAAAAGUACCCAUCGCUCCUGAUUAUAAAGUGAAUUCGAUCGGCCUAGCGACCGGAAACAAUAGUGGCGGUGAAUGGAGAUUUACAGAACACGGCGGUGAAGUAAUCAAAAUUCAUACACCUGAUAGAAAUACAUUAGACUACUUUUGGAGGCAUAAUAAAGUAACCAAAUACUUUAAGUUCUCCGUUAAAGCAAAGAGAGAUGCUUCCCUCUUCUUGGCUCCCAGUAGUUUCUUCAAACCAUCUGAAGUACCAUCUGUAAAAGUCAUAAUAGCUGGUUGGGGAGGAACUAGAUCAAUCAUAACUGUCAGAUAUCCAGGUGGAAAAAAUUUAGAUUCUAGCAACGAAAGAGGGCUAUUAACUGAAAAUGAAUAUAGGCCAUUUUGGGUAAGUUGGUUUAAUUACGAGAUUCAAGUUGGUAAAGGAGAUAUCGUGGGUGAACAAGUCUUUUUGAAAGGCAAAGGUUAUCGUGACCUUGUACCCCAGAUAUUUGCUGUAGGAAUUUCGACAGGAGGUGUACCCGGUGGUGGUGUAGAUGGUGACUGGCUUAUUGAAGAGGAUAAAGGAGAUGAUAUAGUAUUUACAAUUGGCAGUAAUAAUGGAGACUGGAAUCAAGAUAGAACAAUUCUCUUUCUGAGAAGAGAUAAAUAUUAUUUGGAAUUUAAUGUUCAGGCGUGUCAAAGCGCGAUUAUUUCAUUAGCGGCAAACGAAAACAAUACUCCAGAUAUGAUUGAAAUCGAGAUUGGCGCAAAUGGCAACACCAAAACCAUUGUGAAAUCGAACAAAUUUCAAGAUGUUGAACGAGAUACAAAAGAUAUCUUACAUUGCAAUAGGAUGAAACAAUUCUAUCUUAGUUGGACUAAUGGAACAUUUAUCUUCGGCACAGGAACAGAAGGAACCGGGGAGCCCUUGAUCACUCAGAAAUUUAACAGCUUUGAUAUAUAUACUGGUAUCAUUAAGGGCAAUCCCAAUGCUAAGCAGCAAAAAUGGAGAAUUUACGAAGAUCAAGUUUUCGCGGCGUCGACCAGAACUUACCCAAAAGUUGAUUACACAAAAAUCUGGAGGACUGUUGAACAUAGAGACCAAGUGUCUUUUAGACUGCGAUCCUGUUCAGAAGCUGAGAUAAAGAUAAGUCAUAAAGUUACAGCAGUUGAUUAUCUUAUUGUAAUUGGAGCUAAUAAUAAUACCGAAAUUCUGGUUAAGAGGAAAGGAUUUACAGUUAUACGAAAGUUACUGGACAAGGCUUUGGAUUGUAAUCAGACUUUUGGCUUACUUGGGAAGGAGAGACAAUUACACUUGGACGGGGUGAAAAGUUUGGUAUUAAUAUCUUAA